AGACGCACUACUCUUUUGAUCAUGAUGCUAAAUUGGCUCGUCAUCUCCACCACCACUCUCUUCAUCAUCAUCAUCUCCACCAUCAUCAUCUUCUUCUUCAAAACCCUAAACAAUGCCGGCCUCCCUCCAGGCCCAACCGCCAUCCCCAUCAUCGGCAACCUCCACUGGCUCUGGACAUCAUUCACGAACAUAGAGCCAUUCCUUCGCGACCUCCACGCGCGGCUUGGCCCCAUCGUCACGCUCCGCAUCGGAUCCCGCCUAACUAUCUUCAUCGCCGACCGCCACCUUGCCCACGAAGCCCUCGUCACCCAAGGCGCCAUCUUCGCCGACCGCCCCACUGCCCUACCCGCCAUUCGCGUCUUCAAUAGCAACCAACACAACAUCAGCUCCGCCUCCUACGGCCCUCUCUGGCGUCACCUCCGCCGCAACCUCAUCUCUGAAAUCCUCCACUCAUCUCGAGUCAAGCUCUUCUCCAAUGGCCGGCAGUGGGUUCUCAACAUCCUCACCGACAAGAUACGCGCCAGCGCCGAGGCUAACAAUGGCGUCGUCCUUGAUUUCAAACAAAAUCUCCAGUUCUCCAUGUUCUGCUUGCUUGUCCUCAUGUGUUACGGCGAGAAGCUCGACGAGAAGGCCAUUAGAGAUAUCGAAACGGCGGAGAGGAACUGGCUUCUGUACUCCAAUAAGCUCAAUGUCUUCGCUUUCGUCCCCAGAAUCUCCAAGCUCAUCUUCCGAAAGAGAUGGAACACGGCCAUGGAUCUCCGCCAGAAACAAAGGGACAUAAUCAUACCAUUGAUCAGAACUCGAGAGAAGCACAAAGACAAGCAGAACAAACAAGGCCGGAGUGAUGAUGAAAAGGAGAGGUUCGUCUACUCUUAUCUUGAUUCUCUUCUAGACGUCAAGCUCGCGGAAGAGGGAAACCGGAAACUCGAUGACCACGAGCUGGUGACCAUUUGCUCUGAAUUCCUCAUCGCCGGCACUGACACCACGGCCACCGCUCUGGAGUGGAUCAUGGCUAAUCUGGUGAAGCAGCCGGAGAUACAAGCCAAACUGUUUGAUGAAAUACAAGGAGUUGUUGGGAGUGAAGCAGAGGAAGUGAAGGAAGAGGAGCUUCAUAAAAUGCCUUAUCUCAAGGCAGUGGUUCUUGAAGGGCUGAGAAGGCACCCGCCCGGCCACUUCGUGCUGCCGCACACGGUCACAGAGGACGUGAAGCUCAAUGGAUACGUGAUCCCAAAGGGUGCUUCUGUGAACUUCAUGGUUGCAGAGAUGGGAAGAGAUGAGAAGGUGUGGGAGAAUCCCAUGGAGUUCAGGCCUGAAAGAUUUAUGGAAGGUGGAGAAGGAGAAGGUGUGGACAUAACAGGAACCAAAGGAAUAAAGAUGAUGCCAUUUGGGGUUGGGAGAAGAAUAUGUCCAGGACUUACACUUGCCAUGUUACAUUUGGAAUAUUUCGUGGUUAAUUUGAUUAAAGAGUUCGAGUGGAAAGCUGUAGAUGAAAAAGAAAUUGAUCUUGUUCAAGAGAAAUCAGAAUUUACCAUUGUUAUGAAAAAUACUUUUCAUGCUAGAGUUAUUCCCAGAAAAUGUAAUAUUUAUUUUAAAUAGGUUUUGGUUGCAUCCAUUAUUAAUUGUGUCUAGUUGUGUUUAUGAAUUUGUUUAUGAUUGA